AUGGUGGAAGCUGUAGCUAGUCCGACUAAUGAUUCAAGAGUGGUGCCAAAAUUUAUGAAGAAGAACAUAUUUUCCAGAUUUAGUACACCUAGCGCAAUAAUUAGUGACGGAGAACAUCAAGCGUAUUGGGCCAUGAAAAAGUUGAAUUUUGAGAUGAAAGCCACGGGGGAGAAACGAUUAUUGCAGCUGAAUGGGCUUGAUGAGUUUAGGCUUCAUGCCUAUGAGAAUGCCAAGCUUUAUAAGAAGAAGACAAAAAGGUGUAAUGAUAAACAAAUUAGAGAGAGAGUGUUUGAACCUGGACAACUUGUUUUAUUGUUCAAUUCAAGGCUUAAGUUGUUCUCGGGUAAAUUACGAUCUAAAUGGUCUGGACCUUUUGAGGUAGUGCGAAUGACACCUCAUGGAGCUGUAGAGUUGUGGAGUAAAGAGAAGAUGGAGAAGUUCCUGAUGAAUUGA